AUGGCAGCAGCGACGAUAGGGAGGCUGUCAACCGGCAGAGUUGUCCGCUUCAGUUUGACUGGAAGUCGGGCUGAAGCGUUAGCCGCUAGCGGUGUCGGCGUACCAACGGUGCGUUCACUGACCUCUUCCCCUCUGUCCGUCAGAGCUAUGUCCGGCCUGAGUGCCACGCGCUGCGGGCUACCCAAGGAGAGCGUGGCCGAGAAUGGAGCCUCGCCUCGGGGCAAGGUGCUGACCAUCGACACCAUGAACCCAACGGUGAAGAUGGUGGAGUACGCCGUGCGGGGGCCUAUCGUGCAGCGUGCUGUGGAGUUGGAGAAGGAGCUCUCCGAGGGGAGGAAGAAGCCAUUCCAGGAGGUCAUCAAAGCCAACAUUGGUGAUGCGCAUGCCAUGGGCCAGCAGCCAAUCACCUUUUUUCGGCAGGUUUUGGCACUGUGCUCAUACCCUGAGCUGCUCAAUGACAGUACGUUCCCAGAGGAUGCCAAAAGUAGAGCACGCCGCAUCCUGCAGUCCUGUGGCGGCAACAGUAUGGGGGCCUACAGUGCCAGUCAAGGCAUCGACUGUGUGAGGCAGGACGUGGCUCGCUAUGUUCAACAGAGGGAUGGCGGUGUAUACUGCGACCCGGAUGAUAUUUACCUCACAACUGGGGCCAGCGACGGCAUAGUGACAAUGCUCAAGCUGCUGGUGUGUGGCGAGGGCGCCAACCGCACCGGCGUCAUGAUCUCCAUCCCGCAGUACCCUCUGUACUCGGCGGCGUUGGCAGAACUGGGCGCCGUGCAGAUCAACUACUACCUCAAUGAGGAAGCGUGCUGGAGCUUGGACAUCAGCGAGCUGCAGCGGGCUCUGGACGAAGCCCGAAGCCAUUGCAACCCCAGAGCCUUGUGCAUCAUCAAUCCUGGGAACCCCACAGGCCAAGUUCAGAACAGGAAGUGCAUUGAGGACGUCAUCCGAUUUGCCGCCAAGGAACGUUUGUUCCUCAUGGCAGACGAGGUGUACCAAGAUAACGUGUACGCCGAUGGGUGCCAGUUCCACUCUUUCAAGAAAGUGCUGUUUGAAAUGGGGCCCGAAUACUCCAACACAGUAGAGCUGGCCUCUUUCCACUCCACGUCAAAGUGCUACAUGGGAGAGUGUGGUUUCCGCGGCGGCUACAUGGAGAUCAUCAACAUGGAUGAUGAUGUGAAGGCUCAGCUGACGAAGUUGGUGUCUGUUCGCCUAUGCCCGCCCGUUCCCGGUCAGGCGUUGAUGGACUUAGUGGUCAACCCCCCACAGCCCGGAGAGCCGUCGUAUGACAAAUUCAUGAAGGAGCGCACAGACACUUUAAGUGCCUUAGCAGACAAGGCCAAACUGACAGAAGAGGUGCUUAACACCGUGCCUGGCAUCAGUUGCAAUCCUGUGCAGGGCGCCAUGUACUCAUUCCCUCGUAUUAGCAUUCCAGAAAAGGCUGUCAAGGAGGCUAGCGAAAAAGGACAACAGCCCGACAUGUUCUACUGCAUGAAGCUGCUGGAGGAGACAGGGAUUUGCCUGGUUCCUGGUAGUGGUUUUGGGCAGAAGGACAGAACCUACCACUUCAGGAUGACCAUCCUGCCUCCCGCCGAUAAACUGAAGAUCCUCCUAAGCAAAGUGAAGGAAUUCCACCAGAGGUUCACCAAGCAGUACUCCUAA